ACCCCUUUGAUAAGGAAAGUGAAGGGUGUUCUCUUGCUGGGUUUGCAGAGAUAGGGACAGUCAUUUUCUGGGAGGAAGUUUCCUUGUUCGAAAAAAUCAAGCUAGGUUUCCAGCAUGGUCUGUGGUCUAGAAAGUUGAGGGGGCUUCCCCAGAACUCUGGAGUAGGGGACUCGGGGGCAUCCUGUCCUCUCCGAGCAGCCGCCCAGGCCCUUCCUCCCGUUCCGUUGUGGUGAGAAGGGCAGGAGCGUGAUGCUGUCGAGUGCGGCCGUGCUCACCUGCCUGUGGGGAAGCUGGCUUCAGAGAGAUGGGCGAGGGUUGGGCUCUGCUAGUGUUUUCCUGACGUGUCCAACAAAGUCACAGGCCAACUCAUCUGUUUUCACCUUUGUCUUAGCGGGGAGGAGAGCCCCCCGGCCCUCUGCAGAGACCCCUGUCCUUUUGGGUGACCCUCUCCUCAGUGAUUGGACCCAUAGGCAGCCGAAGUCCUACAGAUGGGCAACCCCUUCUCCGGGACAGUGUGGUGCCAUGGGGCAAACGCAUCUGGGGGAGGCAGAGGCUGAGGGCAGAUCAGUAACUUUCAGGCAGCUGUUCCUUCACUGUGACAGGGCACAGUGGGCCAGGAUGACCUGUGGUGUCUGCCGGGGCUGAGUGUCGUCUUUUGGCCCUAAAAUCCUGUCAAAAGCAGUUCACAUCUGGGAAAUCCUUGCCGUGCUCUGGGAUACUUAGUCAGAGGGGAACAAGGUUCGAGAUGGCCUUGUAGGGACUUUAUUGGUCCUGGGGGCCCACAAUUCCCUGCCCAGGUGACAUGGCAGGAGUCAGAUCUGGAAAUCCGAGAGCUCUGCACCCUGGCGCGCCUCCACCACCACCUUGGACUUGUGACCCAGCGCAGCUGAAGGGAUGGACCUGGGUGGGAGGGCGUCUGUCCUGUCUGGACCCACAUAGACACUCGGAUGUCCUCAGGGGCAGGGCUUCUGGUGGAUUGACUGAAAAAUAGGCUUUCUGUUGCUUCCUGGCCUGUGUGCGGCUUUAUUGGUACUUCUGGGGAGAAUGAAUCGGUUCUUCUGAUACAUGGUUUUCUUUUGAAAGCCUUGAAGGCUGGGUCUGGCCUUUACAGUUAUGCAGAAGGCGAUCUUGAUCAGGUGUGGAGCCACAGCCCUAUUCCCUGUACUAGAUAAACUCCUGGAAUUCGCAGACUCUGCGGAGGAGGAAGGCUGGGGGCCCUGCCUCAGAGACGCCCAGUACAGGAGAAGCUGGCUUGUUAUAUUCUCUGCGUUUCCCCAAAUAGAUGGCAAAGAAGCUGCUCUCUAGUAAAUUACUUGAAAUAUUCAUUGACUUGUCAGAGUCUGAGUUAAGAAGAUCAUUAUCAGGUUUUGAGUAAGUAUUUGAAGUCAGAAUGGGUGCUUUUUUAAUUUUUUAAAUUAUGAUAAAAUCCAUGUAACAGAAUUGACCGCAAGAGACAGUCAGUUCAUUCGCAACGUUGGACAGCACUGUUGUCACAAGACCGCUUAGUGGGACCGGGAGGUAUUCCCACUGAAUGAAAUGUGGAAGGCCUCGGCGGGCCACACGGUGUCCAUCACCCAGGACGACGAGGGAGCUGACGACUGGGAGACCGACCCCGACUUCGUGAACGAUGUGAGUGAGAAAGAGCAGAGAUGGGGGGCCAAAACCGUGCAAGGCUCUGGGCACCAGGAACACAUCAACAUACACAAGCUGAGGGAGAAUGUUUUCCAAGAGCACCAGAGCAUCAAGGAGAAGGAGCUUGAAACAGGACCGAAAGCCUCGCGCGGGUACGGGGGCAGGUUCGGCGUGGAGCAGGACCGGAUGGACAAAUCAGCGGUCGGCCACGAGUAUCAGGCGAAGCUCUCCAAGCACUGCUCGCAGGUUGACUCCGUCCGGGGAUUUGGAGGCAAGUUUGGCGUCCAGGUGGACAGAGUUGACCAGUCUGCCGUGGGCUUUGAAUACCAGGGGAAAACUGAGAAACACGCCUCCCAGAAAGACUACUCCAGUGGUUUCGGUGGCAAGUACGGUGUCCAGUCCGACCGUGUGGACAAGAGCGCGGUGGGCUUCGACUACCAGGGCAAGACGGAGAAGCACGAGUCGCAGAAAGAUUACUCCAAAGGUUUUGGGGGCAAGUAUGGUAUCGACAAGGACAAGGUGGAUAAAAGCGCUGUCGGCUUCGAGUACCAAGGCAAAACGGAGAAGCACGAGUCCCAGAAAGACUAUGUGAAAGGGUUUGGAGGAAAGUUUGGUGUGCAGACCGACAGACAAGACAAGUGUGCCCUCGGCUGGGACCACCAGGAGAAACUGCAGCUGCACGAAUCCCAGAAAGAUUAUAAGGCUGGUUUCGGAGGCAGAUUUGGUGUUCAGUCCGAGAGGCAGGACGCCUGUGCUGUGGGGUUUGAUUACAAGGAGAGACUGGCCAAGCACGAGUCCCAGCAAGACUACUCCAAAGGAUUCGGCGGGAAAUACGGGGUGCAGAGGGAUCGGAUGGAUAAGAACGCUUCCACCUUUGAGGACGUCGCCACGGUGGCCUCCAGUUAUCAGAAGACUGUCCCUGUCGAAGCAGUGAGCAGCAAGACGAGCAACAUCAGAGCCAACUUCGAAAACCUCGCGAAGGAGCAGGAGCAGGAGGACCGGCGGAGGGCGGAGGCCGAGCGGGCGCAGAGGAUGGCGAAGGAGCGGCGGGAGCAGGAGGAGGCCCGGCGGCAGCUGGGCGAGCAGGCCAGAGCCCAGAAGCCGACGCCCCCCGCGUCCCCCACGCCCCAGCCAGCUCAGGAGAGGCCUCCACAAAGCCCCGUCUACGAGGACGCGGCUCCAUUCGAGGCCGAGCCGAGCUACGGAGGCCCCGUGAGCACCGGUGAGCCGGAGCCAGUGUACAGCUCAGACGUCUCCGACUCCCGGGAGGCCUACGCCCCGGAUGCCGUCUAUGAGACCACAGAGGCCCCCAGCCACUAUGCAGCGGAGGAGGGGGCCUACGACGAGUAUGAGAACGACCUCGGAGUCACAGCCACCGCCCUCUACGACUACCAGGCCGCGGGCGACGACGAAAUCUCCUUCGACCCCGACGACAUCAUCACCAACAUCGAGAUGAUCGACGAUGGCUGGUGGCGCGGGCUGUGCAAGGGCCGCUACGGGCUCUUUCCCGCCAACUACGUGGAGCUGCGGCCGUAGCGCGGGGCCGGGCAGCUGGCGUGCCGCUUUCGUAUUUAAUGCUUCUGCUGAUGCUUUUGGAAAUGUUUGCGCCACAGGAUUUGCUGAAAUACUGUGAUCAUGCUCCUUAGGGGACUCGGUAAUUAUUUUUUUGCAUUUAAGGUAUUUUCUUUUUUUGCCAAAUCGACUGUCGCGUGGAGCCACUUCGGUUCUCCCGAGUGCGCCUCACCACCAUGGUGUUAGGAGUCGCUGUCCCAGCAGCGUCUCUGGGGUCCCAGCGUUUGCAGGGAGGGAAGUGGCUAGAAAGAACCUGAGCUUUGAGGUGAUGUGGGAAAGCGCCUGGCACUGUGAGGUCCCGCAGCAUUUGACCCUGGCCUGCCUCCUGCCUCCUGCUCCGCGUCUUGUCCUGGUUCUCUGGCCGCUCCCGGCUGCCCAGGAGGGCUGCUGAGCCGCGGCCCUGCCCCGCGAUGCAGAGUUCCCCGGCCCCUGCAGGGUCCUCCCCACUUGUCUCCGGCUCCCGGCCCAAAGGCCUGUGGUCAGCUUCCCCGGGCAGCGGGGCUGUGGCCGCCCUGGGGGCGAACAGCCACCCUGCUGUGGGGGGCAGGUCCCUCCCCGGUUGUAAACUGCUGGAAACACCCGCUGUCAAGGGGGCCAAACCUCAUGCUCAGUGGUGGCGAAGUUCGAUCGAUUGACUUGGCUGAGAAGCGCAAGCGAGCACGUGGGUGCUCUGGCCCACGACGCCCUGUGGCAGCUCUGCGGGGACCGGGAGGGACCCAUCCUGAGGGACCAGGAGGCCCGCUCAGCCCUGCGUGGUUAGGGCAGCGGACCCCAGAUGCUCACGUGGGGACACGCGUGUGGGGACGUCUGUGGCCCCGAGGCACACGUUUUCUUUCCCGAAGUGCAUUUGCUUUAUCACAAUUAGGUCGGGUUUUAUAUGCAAUUACUGUAUCUAAAUUUCUGUAGCACACCUCACAGGUAUGAUUUUUUUAAAUUAAACGUUCACAGUAAA